AAAUGGACAGAAAUCUGUUUGAAGCAUCUUUGACAGGAAAUGUAGAAGUACUAAAUGCAUUGUUACAGAAAGAUGAACUCAUUCUUGAUAGAGUUUCACUAACAUCUUUUAAUGAAACUCCUUUGCACAUUGCCGCCUUAAAAGGUCACGUCGAUUUCGUGACAAUCCUUCUUGCUAAAAAGCCGAGACUUGCCAUGUCCCUUGAUUUGCUAAGGCGAACCCCGCUUCACUUGGCCUCAUCUGAAGGCCACAUAGAGAUUGUAAAUGAACUCUUGAAAGUAAUGAGUCCUGAUGAAUGUCGUUCAAGUGACCAAGAUGGGAAAACACCUCUCCACUUGGCUGCAAUGAACGAACAAUUGGAUGUUAUAAAAGUUCUGACUGAGACAAGUCCUGAUCUUGGUAGGGACUUGUUAGAAGACCGGUCAACGAUCUUGCAUUCUUGUAUCGCUUAUAAUCGUUUAGAAUCAUUGAAACUCUUGUCCCAGUUAUGGGAUGAAGAGGAGCUGUCUAAGCUGACAGAUGUUAAUGGCAACACCCUUUUGCACCUAGCUGUGAUUCAUAAACAGAUUCAGACGGUUAAGUACCUGCUUCAGAACUCAAGUACUAGAACAAAUGUGAAUGUUCUUAAUGGGCACGGGUUAACAGCAUUGGAUGUUCUCGAACAAUGUCCACGAGAUAUCAGAGGACUAGAAAUCCAAAAUCUACUAGCUGAAGCCAACUUUCAGAGGGCAAAAGACUUCAAGUUAUCCCAAAUGUCAAUAGAAAUCAAGUCUUCGGAUAAUGUUAACAUCCUUGAGAUUAGUAAGCCGAAAAGAUGGAUAUCAAGACUAUGGAGGUGGUACCUGAACAACAACGGAAACUGGUUAGAAAAACAAAGAGGUAUUCUUAUCCUUGCUACCAUAAUAGUGGCAAUAACAUCGUUCUAUUCUGCGCUACACCCUCCAGGAGGGACGAUUACCAAUACCAAAGAUGGAACUCUUGGAAAUGCUGUGCAAGCCGAACUUGACAUGGAUUCAUUCGAGUCAUUCGUGAUACAGAAUACUGUAAUCAUGGUGAUUUCUUUGUUCAUUCUAGUGGUGUUGCUAAGUGGAAUCCCUUUACGAAACAAAUUCUGCUUAUGGGUACUCAACCUAGCGGUAUUUUGCAUUCUUGUUUUUGUGACAUUUACAUAUGUUCAGCAGAUCGCCGAUAUGUCUCCUGAUGGAUGGGUUAAUCCAGCAUCCAUAUACAUGUGCUUCAUAUGGAUUUUGCUAUGCUUGUUGUUUGCGUUUAUCCACACUAUUUUCUUUCUAAUAUGGUCCGUAAAGGAGAUAUCAAAAGCUAGAAGAAUGACAAAGACUAAUCAUCCAGUUCCGGUGUGACCACAAAUGAAAAA